AACCCUUCGGCCGGUUAAUAUCGUGCCUUGGGUACUUUACUGGCCACGUUAAGCAUUCUGUGCCGCCGCCGCCGCCGCCGCAACUGCCGCGGCAGCCAGACUCGGUUGCUGACAACCGACGUCAUAAGCGGGUCUAACGACCCCAUGAGAAGAUUCGCCGUCGGUAUUGUUGACCACGGGGAUGGGUGCUGAUAAUAUCAAUGAUUUUAGUGUCAACCAGUUCAACUGUUACGGUACGAGUAAGUAGCCAGCCAUGUGGCGCCAUCCCGGCCAACCAGCGUCGGUUGUCAGUUACCCAAUUACGUAUUGUUACAGUACUAUCUCCAGUUUGCGGGUUUGUGGUUGCGACUUGCCUGCUAAUACCGUCUCCUAUACGAGUUGCGGGCCAUUGUUUCACGAGCCACAACUUCCUCAAGAAGCUCACCAUGCUUGGUUCCGUCCGUCUCCUGUCCCAGCUAAUACAUGAUGUUGACGACAUAGGUAGCGGGUUCCUUCCCAAAACCACGGCAAUGCGUGCUCCUUCCCCCGUCUUGACCCGCCUUGUCCAGCGGGCGGCAGUGAGCCGGACCUCAAAGCCGUCAAACGUGGAAAGCGUGCGUGGUUACAGCUUCCCGGCCCUUCUUGGCCCUUCGCCCCUCUCCUGGCCCCUCCCCUCGCAUCCCAGCCUCGCCUAAACCAAGGAAAGCAAGGAGAGCGGACGGAAGACAUGCAACCCAGGCCUCCAAUGUCGAAUAGGAUUUCGUCCUGCACCCAACUUACCUUGCUUACCAA